AUGUACGACUACGUGGCUCAGAACGACGACGAGCUGGCCUUCCUGAAGGGGCAGGUCAUCACGGUGCUCAACAAGGACGACUGUGAUUGGUGGAAGGGGGAGCUCAACGGGCGCGAGGGCCUGUUUCCUAGCAACUACGUCAAACUGACCACCGACACGGACCCCAGCACCCAACCCUCACACUGGACGUGGGCCUGGAUCCACUCCAGCCGGUCUGAGUUUUCCUUCUCCCGGACUCCCUCGUUCACCUGA